CGCGCGCCGCGGGUCACGUGACUCCCCGCGCCGCCGCCGCCGCGCGCCGUUAGGGGCGCCGCUCACACCGCGAAUUCAGCUCCCGCGAAAAACGCCGAUCAACAAACAACAACAACAAACAACAACAACAACCAGGAGACAGAGAGAGAGACUGAGGGAGACAGCGAGCGAGCGUCUCCUCACAGCGCAAGGCGAGCGGGCGCGCGAGGGGAGCGAGUUUGAGUUGAAGCCUGCGGUAGGCCUCGCGUUGUGGCUUCGCGUCUUCCCACCGUAGCGACAACGCGCAGUUCACGCGUCUCUUGUUAUUAUCGCCACUUCUACUGCUGCUACUACUGCUGCUACUGCUGCUGCUACUGCUGCUACUGCUGCUACUGCUGCUGCUAACGAGCAAGACUCGUUGGGGUGGGGGGGGGGUCAUCGUCGUGGUGCUGCUGCUGCACGAAGCGUCGUGAGGGGAGAGCAUCGCGAGACUGGCGUGAUGUCGGUGCCGGCUCUGGACGUGGUGAUGGUGGAGGUCUCCGUUGACUCUCCACUUGGGGAAGCCGGUGAGGGAGAUGAUGCCAGCGCAGAGGAUAGCGGUGGAGAUUCGAGGGACGACGCCGACCCCGACUCGAAGGAUCGUCUGCGUGCCUCCCUCCUCCCUCCUCACCACCACGGCGGUCACCGCGGCGACCGCGGUGGUGACCACCACCACACCGGUGACUCCGGCAGCGGAGACAUCAACGAGGGGGAGGAGGAGGAUGUGGGGGAGGAGGAGGGAGCCAGCCACGACCCGGCGUCGAACCCUCGCGACGCGCAACACAGAGCCCUGAGCACGUGCGGCGGUGGUGGUGGUGGCGGUGGUGGCGGUGGUGGCGGUGGUGGCGGUGGUGGCGGUGGUGGCGGUGGUGGUGGUGGUGGCGGUGGUGGCGGUGGUGGCGGUGGACCGGGCAUCAAAACAGAGCACCACGACCACGACUCCGACCCCACGUUCAUUGACAGCCUGACUGCGGGCGACUGGAGGGAGCGGAUUCUUGGUCUCGACGGCGACAUCGUCGGUGACGUGAAAGGCACCCCCGAGGCGCUGCUGCAGAAGGAGCGCCGCCUGCUGGCGAUGAUCGCGCAGCUCACGAGUCUGCGGGAGCAGCUGCUGGCGGCUCACGACGAGCAGAAGAAGCUCGCCGCCUCGCAGAUGGAGAAGCAGCGGCAGCAGAUGGAGCUCGCUCGCCAGCAGCAGGAGCAGUCUCCCACGCGAGGCCUGCUGCCCCCGGCAGGUCCGCCCCCCCUCUCCCUCAUGGUCUCCUUCCCGGGCCUCCCCCCGACAGCGGAGGGGACACGGUUGGGGGAGCGUUCGGCACCCUGA